UAUUUACAGUUAAAUUUAACCCAUCAUAUCUGCUCGCAGUUGGUGAAAACCGUAGACCUGACCGGACUGACGACCUCGACGUCCCGACUACAAUACCUGGUGGCCGAUUACAGCCAGGACGGAAGAGUGUUUAUCUACGUGUCGGACGCUGCCUCCAGAGCCAUUCUCGUCUACGACGUCACCCUGGGCCGUGGUCAUCGUGUGGUUUUGCCUCAGGCGGUCGCUAUGGGCACAACACGAAGGGACGUUCUAUACCUUGCCCUUCUCCGACGUUCGGACGGCAGCACCUGUUUGAUAUUCACCUACCUGAGCAGCAGCCGUAUGUUCUCGAUCAGGACGGAGCACCUGCGGAAUGGCUCGGCGAACGGGAAGAUCCACGACCUCGGCGCCAAGCCGAAGAAAAUGGUCCUCCUCGGCACGGACAAUGGCAGCGCGCUUUUCUUCCGCUACGAGGGCGAGUCGGACGUUUACCGAUGGGACGCGACCAAUCCGUUCGUCUCACGGUGUUUCGACCAAGUGUACACCAGCGCCGAGUGUUCCCUGGUCACUCACGUUGUCGCCGAUUACGCGAGAGCCAGGAUGCGCGUACUCGAGUCGAACUUCCCGGAUUACAUGCAGGGAUCGGUCGGAUGCGGCGCAACACAGGCGUUGAGCGUGAUGUGAUCGAGAAUUGUAGACUAGACUUUUAAUAAAUUGUAGGCUAGGACUCUAAUAAAAUUCGAAUUUAUUUAUUCGCAAAACGAGAUUCGAUUUUACGUCUCGUAAUCGUAAUUUUUCACUCUUGCUCCACCGAGGAGAACGAUCUUUUCGAUCGCGAGAGUGUUCCACGCCAAUGCGUCGAACAGGCUAUAAAUCGAGAUGCAAAUCGCUUUAUCGUCUGGUUCGCCACGUAUGUAUGUCCCGCGCUGAGAAAAAAAAGGGAAAAGAACGGAACCUUUCUCUCUUACAAUUACUUGUCCAUUAGUCGACAAGAGCGGGGGGGUUUCCUUCAAAUCGAUUAAUCGGCCGGUAAUUCACACACAACGUUCGAAAGAUAAAACAGAACGUUCGUUUUUCCGAGCCGCGAUAAUUGGCCAACGAUUGUUACCAUUUGUUACCAUUGCUAAUAACAGCUCGUGGAAUGCUUGAAAAUUAUCGUGACAUUGAGAUUAUCAUUCGCUCAGUGAUAUAAUUACAAAGGAGAAAACGCGUAUAUUUUUUUUUUCUUUUUUUGAAAAUCGAUAUUCGGAAACGAUUGCAAGUGAAAGUUCGUUCCAUAUUAUUGUUACGCACUUGUGGCUCGUCCCCUCCGUUAAUUCCUUUCGUAUUAAUUACCGCUUACUGUGUAAACUAUCGACAAUGAUUCCGGCAUGGAAAGUAUCUUUAUCUAGCAUUCGUUACUUGGAAUUCAUUAUAUGGCGAUAAAAUCUGAAGCAAAACGUAUCAAUUAACGUUUAAUAAUUUCGAGACCGAUUACUUUGUCGUACGGCAUUUCAAUCUUUCUGCUAAGCUUUCAAAAUCAUUUCAGUCUGGAAUAAAUGAAACGAAACAUCGUGAGCAGUUUAAUGAUAUCGUUCGAUGCUAAUUGGUCCACGAUCGAAGUUACGUUACGCUCGGAUCACGAUUUCGUUUAAUUAGCCUUAAAGUUGCUUACGUUAUCAAAACAUGCUUAUGCUUGAGAAGGAAUGAUAGUUGAGCUGAGUCAAGUGGUUUUUCAAUUCAGAUACGUUACGAAAUUCCACUUGUGUAGAGGUUAUGCGAUUUAAAUGGUCCGUAUAUUUCUCUUCGUUAAACUUUGUUCUGAUCGCUCGAAAAUUAAACUCGUGGCUGAAAGUUUUACUGAAAAAAAAACGUUAAAAAUUCGUUAAAGCUUUCUAUAAAUAUGUCGUUAGUUUGGAAUUGUACUAAUUGCAGGGAAAUCGAGUGAUCGAGAAGAAAUCUUACGAAUGCCUUUCUCGCGUAAGCGAUCGAUCGCUUCUAAAUUUGGUUCCUUCGAUUUCACUAGAGUAACUUGUGGUUGUUAAAAGGAGAGGAAAAAACGGAAUUAGAAUCGUUGUGGUGUUCCACAUUCCUGUUUCUCCGAAGUCGGCUCAACGUGAUUGAGGUCUGUGAGGUCGUUGAUUGUAUAAUAUAUUUGUCCAAUUCCGAGCGUCGUGCAUUUUACAUUCGAAUAGCGUAAACAGAUUUUAAAUUUAUCGCGAAAAAUUUGUUAGAAAUUAUAAAAAUUCUGUACUUGGCAUUUCAUCUUCUUGUUUAAUUUCCUCUGAAAUGAAGCAACGUGAAUAAAUAAAUUUUCCAAGUGUCGCGCUGCUUGCUAAGCGGAAACGUUUGGUUUGGUUAGGUUUUCGUGUAUAAAUUGUAAUUGCAACAUGGCGGCGACUUAUUUCGCAACGAACCGAUCGUAGCUGUUUUUUUCUUUUCCACUUUUCAUUUUACUCUUUUUUUAUUAAAUAACUUUUUAAUAAAUAAAUUCUCGAAGUGUCGCACUGCUUGCUAAGCGGAACGUUUGGUUAGGUUAGGUUUUCGUGUUAAAUUGUAAUCGCAACAUGGCGGCGACUUAUUUCGCAACGAACCGAUCGUAGCUGUUCUUUUUCUUUUCCACUUUUCAUUUUACUCUUUUUUUUAUGAUGGAAUUCCAACAUUAAUCAAGUUUCACGGACCGUGGCGAUUAAUUAUAUCUAAUUAAUUGACAAUUGACAUUAACAUAGUGAUGUAACGAAUCGUAACUUUCGAAAGUUGUAGGAAAAUUCGAUCACACAGAAACUAUUGAAAUUCUCUCGAUAUUAUUUUGAAAUGAAUCGGUGCGAAAUUUCGUCUGGCUGGCAAAAAUGGAAGAGAAGUUUUGAACGAAUGAGCAAGUAAAAAUUUAUUCGAAUAAGAAUCUCGUUGUUAUAUAUUUAUCUAGUUAUAUUAUGCCGUAUAUAAAAGUGUUUAACAUAUCGAAUAUCUUUCAAAUGUUUUGAAUUUUUGUACAUGCACGUAUAAAAAAUUCGAAACAAAAAAAUGGUUUGAUGAUUACUUGCUUCGAAAAGUUCGUUCGAUUAAACGAAAAAAAAAAGAACGAUCCAUACAAGACGUUCAACUGAAAAAGAAAAUAUAUAUUCGAAUAAUUAUUUUAGACAAAUGUUUACUUCGAGAUCGUUCGAACAACGUCCAACUCCGAGACGAUCAAUAACAUUCAAAUUUCAAAAAAAAAAAAAAAACAAGUGACGAAAGUUUAGAAUCGACGACGCCAAAAAAAAAGACUAUUUAUCUAUUUUUUUGACAUUCCUCGAUGUUCGUCAAUUCUGCAAAAUUGCACGAAUCUUUGAAGCAGAUGUGAGAAGUUUUAUUUCCGAGAGGGCUGAAAAUUCUUCUAUCAAAAAAAGUGACACGUUUAUGGAAGCUCGUUGAUGCAAAUAACCAAAUCGCGACACGAUCAAAUGGACAAAUUAACAGAUCUUGCAAAGUGUACAACAAUAUUACUAUACAUGGUUGAAUGAUCUCUUUCGGACUUUCCAGUCCAAGUCAGCAUACGUAUGCGGCGAACGCAAUGGCGUUUCACGUUGCAGAAAAAUGAAUUGGUAACGGUGCACGUACGUUGAAUGGCUUUACGCAAACUCUGCGAGGCAACGUUCUGCAGCCAGUUCUGCACGGACAGACUCUCAGACUCGGCGAAUAAUCUGAACACAAGACGGACUUAUGCAACGGAAGUGUCCGGAUAA